AUGUGUGUAUGUACAUGUGUAAUCACAACCACAACGACGGCGAGAGAAAUAUUGAUUAAACAAUUAGUUAGUCGUCCUACACGCACCACUGGACUUCCUGCAUACACUGACCAAAGGCGACGUACAUUAACCCCCACGAUGGCUACCGACUCGCGAAAGCGCCUGGCGCUGGCCAUUGUUGAUUUCCUCCAGAGCUCACUCAAGGAUGGCACACUACAGCCGGAGGACGCCGACUCGAUCGAGAUUGCCACCAACUGCAUAGGAGACUGCUUCCACGUUGACCCGACCGACCAGACCGCCAUCAAGGACGCAGUGGGAGGGCAGAACUUGCUGAGCAUAUUUGGUGUCUAUGAAAAGCUGAAGGGCAAAGGCGCGCCGGCAGCAGCGGCAGGAGGGGCUACUGCAGGCGCAGCCGCGAGCGCUACCAAGGAUGCUGGCGCUUCAACCAGCGGUGCCCCGACAGAGGAGAGCGAGAAGUUGAAGGGUGUCGGGAACGCUGCCAUGCAAAAGAAGGACUACCAGGGUGCAGUGGACAACUACACCAAGGCUCUCGAGAUCUGCCCUUUGAACCCCAUCUACUUGUCCAACCGUGCUGCAGCAUACAGCGCGCUAAGCCAGCACGAAUUUGCCAAGAACGAUGCCGAACUUGCGACUGCCACUGAUCCAAAGUACACGAAGGCAUGGUCUAGAUUAGGUCUGGCCAAGUUUGCACUGGGCGAUGCCAAGGGAGCAAUGGAGGCAUACAAACAGGGCAUCGAUGCAGAGGGUAACGGGGGCAGCGAGGCCAUGAAGAAGGGCUACGAGACUGCCAAGCGCAAGGUCGCAGAAGAAGAAGGCGAUGCUGCUGCCCAAGAGAUUGACGAUGAGCCGGCGUCCCGUGGCGCAGGAGGAGCUGGUGGCAUGCCAGAUCUUGGUGGCCUCGGUGGACUAGCAUCAAUGCUCGGCGGUGGUGGUGGCGGCGGAGGUGGCAUGCCAGAUCUGGGCAGUCUGAUGCAGAACCCGAUGAUGCGGCAGAUGGCACAGAAUCUCAUGUCCAACCCAGACAUGAUGAACAACAUUAUGAACAACCCACGACUGAGAGAAAUGGCCGGCCAAUUCGGUGGUGGUGGCGGUGGAGGUAGCGGCGGCUCUGGCGGUGGCAUGCCCGAUAUCUCUCAGAUGAUGAAUGAUCCCGCACUCCGAGAUCUCGCAUCGUCCUUCAUGGGCGGAGGUGCUGGUCGUGGCGCUGGCGCUGGCGGCAAUGCUAACCAAUGA